CAUGUUGGUGGCGGAAGUGCCAGGUAUAAUCUGGAAGUGACGUUAGGUCGGAACUAAUGUCAGAUAAACUGAUCAACCCGAGCCUGAGACGCAGAGAGCACUUCCGGUGUCCUUCUUACUAGCGAAACCGUGACAGGACGACACGUGAGGACCAUGGCUCAGAACCUGAAGGAUUUUGCUGGCCGUCUCCCUGCCGGUCCCCGUGGGAUGGGGACAGCUUUAAAGCUGAUGCUUGGAGCUGGUGCUGUGGCAUUUGCUGUGAAGGAGUCUGUAUUUACAGUGGAAGGAGGACAGAGAGCAAUUUUCUUCAACAGAAUUGGUGGCGUUCAGAAGGACACGAUUCUGUCAGAGGGGCUUCAUUUCAGGAUUCCCUGGUUUCAGUACCCAAUAAUUUAUGAUAUCCGCGCAAAACCACGAAAAAUCUCAUCCCCCACAGGAUCUAAAGACCUGCAGAUGGUGAACAUUACCCUUCGCGUGCUGUCUCGCCCAUUGGCAUCUGAGCUUCCUUUGUUGUAUCAGAGACUUGGUCUGGAUUAUGAAGAGCGAGUUCUGCCAUCUAUCGUAAAUGAAGUGCUUAAGAGCGUGGUGGCGAAAUUCAAUGCGUCCCAGCUAAUAACCCAGCGAGCACAAGUGUCUUUGUUGAUUCGCCGGGAGUUAACGGAGCGAGCAAAGGACUUCAAUCUUAUUCUGGACGACGUUGCAAUCACUGAGCUAAGCUUCAGCAGAGAGUAUACUGCGGCUGUUGAGUCUAAACAAGUAGCCCAGCAAGAGGCUCAGCGAGCUCAGUUCUUAGUAGAAAAAGCAAAGCAAGAGCAGCGGCAGAAGAUCGUACAGGCAGAGGGAGAGGCCACAGCCGCAAAGAUGAUCGGUGAUGCCCUCAGCAAGAAUCCUGGGUACUUAAAGCUACGUCGGAUCCGUGCAGCACAGAGUAUAGCAAAGACGAUUGCUGGGUCACAGAAUCGUGUGUACCUGAAUGCUGACAACCUAGUGCUGAAUCUGCAGGACGAGACCUUCACCAGGUGAGAACCAGCUGACACGUCACAGCCUCACUG